AGCCCUCACCUCACUGGUUAAGCUGAUGAAAAGUCGACCCCAUCUCAGCCAAUCAGCUGUGGAGUUCCUGCUCGGCCAGCUCCACUUAUCCUGCGACUCCUCGCGCGUUCUCAUGUGCCACGCUCUAGCAGCCAUCACCACCCACCUCCCAGUGCUGGGUGAUGGUAUGCUGGGAGAUCUGGUGGAACUCUACAGAGUGGCCAGUCACUCCUCCACUGACAAGCAGCAAGAGCUUCUGGUUUCCUUGGCAACAGUGAUUUUUGUCGCCAGCCAGGCAUCUCUGUCAGCUGAGGUGAAGACCGUCAUCAAACAACAGCUGGAGAAUGUUGCUAAUGGUUGGACGGUGUACCGCAUCGCACGACAAGCUUCACGCAUGGGAUGUCACGAGUUCUCCAGUGAACUUUACCAGAGCCUGCGGACUCGUGUGGCAUCAGAACACUUCUACUUCUGGCUAAACAGCCUGAAGGAGUUUUCCCAGGCUGAGCAGUGCCUCAAUCAUGUGGAAGAUGGAAACUACAGUGGAGCCAUGAGCGCCAUUGCUGAGGCCCUGCGCUCCUACCAAAAGGGCAUCGCCUCCCUCACAGCUGCCAGCACCCCUCUGAGCCCCCUUACAUUCCAGUGCGAGUUCAUUAAGCUGCGGAUUGACACCCUGCAAGCCCUGUCGCAACUCAUUUGCACAUGCAACAGCCUGAAAACCAGCCCUCCUCCUGCCAUCGCCACUACCAUCGCCCUAACCUCAGGCAAUGAGCUCCAGCGGUGCGGCCGCAUUUCCAUGCAGGUAAAACACUGAAGAUU